AUGGCCAUCAUAGCCAUCAAGGGUGUGGGUCGAAGAUAUGCCCAUGUAGUACUGAGAAAAGCAGACAUUGACCUUACCAAUAGGGCUGGUGAGCUUACUGAAAAUGAGGUGGAGCGUGUGAUCACCAUCAUGCAGAAUCCUUGCCAAUACAAGAUUCCAGACUCGUUCCUUAACAGGCAGAAGGAUGGAAAGGAUGGAAAAUAUAGCCAGGUUUUGGCCAACGGUCUGGACAAUAAACUUCAUGAGGAUCUGGAGCAACUGAAGAAGAUUCGGGCACAUUGUGGGCUUUGGUACUUCUGGGGUCUCUGAGUCCUGGGCCAGCACACCAAGACUACAGGCUGCAGGGGUCGAACUGUGGGUGUGUCCAAGAAGAAGUAAACAUCUUCACUGGCCACCUUGUCUAUUAAUAAAUAGUUUCUAUCAAAAAAAAA